CAUAUUACCGAAUUUACCUGGAUCGUUUCUUCUUACCGAAUUUCUGUCAAAUAUGAAGUGAAUCUGUAAUAUCACUGAUAUGGACCGCAAGGACACAUCUGUGGAACGGGGUAAAAUAAUUGAGGCAUUCAAAGAAACGAAUGUAUCAAUGUUGUGUUUGAAAUGUUGCAAUUAUGUUGAAUUAACGAAUUUACAAGAUCAUCGCGCAGUGCACGAAGCUUUGUCACUCUACCAGUACGAUAUUCAGACCAAACCAAACGAUCUGCAGACAUUAAGUCGAAGACGUGCUACAUUAAUUAAGGACCUAAAUAGACUUGACAUUGGUCGUAGUGCUUAUCAGAAAAAGCUUGGAAAAAUUGAUUUGGCCUAUGAGAUUUUGAAAUCGGAUAUGUAUGGUCGAUCAAACAAAGCUAAAUCCUCUUUUAUUGAACAUCAUGAUGUGAUUAUUAGCUCAGAAAGUGACAAGUUGCAUGGGAACGUUGGAGUAGGGGUAUGUGAAAGUGCCAAUGAGAAAUGGAGAUCAACAAUGGAAGAUGCAUAUAGCUAUAUGUCUGAAUGCAUAAGCGAGCAGACUAUUUCAUAUUUUGCAGUGUUUGAUGGGUACAGUGGUUCAACAGCUGCAAACCAAUGCUCUGCCCAAUUCUACCAAAUUUUAAAAGAAACGUUUAGUGAUUUUAAGUGUGUUGAUGAUGCCGAUGUUUUAGCUUCUUUUCAACAAGCUUUUGACAGAAUGGAUAGGAUUUUGCUCUUUGGAGCUGAGGAGACUUCUCGAAAUCGCUGGAGUGGUUGUUCAGCAACCACAUGUCUGCUAACAGAGGAUACCUUGCUUGUUGCAAAUGUUGGUAAUGUGAAAGCAAUGUUGGUGCUGGAUGACAACACAUUUCAAACAUUGACCAUUGAUCAUAGUCCUGACAACAAAAGUGAAAAACAUAGAAUCAAGGCGAAUGGUGAUAUUCACAAAUGGUCUAAGACUGUAUGGGUGAAUGGUGUUGUUGCUACCACAAGAGGUCUAGGCAACCAUGGUGAUCCCAUUCUUAAGUCAAAUAUUCUAAAUGUUCCUGCAUUUAAGCUUACUCCACUUGCUGGUGACGUUCACCUUUUAGUGGUUGCAUCCUAUGGUUUCUGGCAGGUUUUCAAUGAAAAUGAGAUGGUAUUGCUAAUCAAGGCAUGGUUAGAAGAAAAUGCUACUGGAUUGACAGCCACAGAAAAUAGCACAAAAUCCAGAGGAAAUGAUUCUAUUCAAAUCACAAUUCAGGAUGAAGAUGUUUUGAAUGCUGAAUCUUUGAAUGACCAAACUACAACACAACUUGAUCAUGAACAAGAAUGUAAAGAAAAAGCCUCACUUUCAGGACUGUUAAUAGACUGUGUAAUGAGACAUGACUCAGAGAUUGUUGCUGGGGGAAUCAGUAAGCAUCUUGUCAAAGCUGCAUUGACAGCUGGAUCAAAGGAGAACAUUACAGUAAUUGUAGUUAUUCGGAACAUGUUUAGCAAAGUAAUCCAUGACUCCACUUGUAGUUGUUAAAUGUUAAACAUGACUACAUAAGUAAACCGUUAUUGGCCUACGCUAGCUAAUAGCUUACGUGCAUAUGAUAAGAUUAAUUUAGGCGCUGCAAAAGCAACCUCGCAGGAAAGACUAACCCAUCCUCAAUGACAAACACAGCUGAAUAUAGACCGCAAAAAAACCAUGAGGAAUUCUUUCUGACUAUAUAUGGGAAAAUGUGGUCUUAUCGGGGUACUAAUUAUGCAUUCUUUGACUUAAUUUAUAAGAGAUUAGUAACGUAAUCAUGUUACGCAGAAACCGCAAAUUUAUUUUUUUCACACAUUGUAUGCGAGUCAAAUCAUUA